CUGUUUUUAUCUCAAAUUCACCACCUAGAAGUUAGGAAAGCUUGUGUUUCGUUUAUGAAGCAGCACCAGCCUAAGUUUGAAUCUUAUGUGGAAGGAUCAUUUGAGAAAUACCUUGAACGACUGGGAGAUCCAAAGGAAAGUGCUGGCCAGCUGGAAAUGAGUGCCUUAUCAGUCAUGUACAAGCGAGACUUUAUUCUGUACCGGUACCCUGGAAAGCCACCCAUUCAUGCUACAAACAAUGGCUUUGAAGACAAGGUUUUACUGUGUUGUUCAGGCAAUGGCCAUUACGACUCUGUGUAUACAAAACAGUUCCAGGAAAAUGCUGCUAUUUGCCAGGCUAUAUUAUAUGAGAUCCUGUACAAAGAUGUGUUUGGCAUGGAUGAGGAAGAAUUAAAGUCUGCAGUGGAAAUGUUUCGAAGUGGAUCCAAGAAGAACAGAAACAAUGUCUCUGUGGCAAGUGAGGAUGCAAAGUUUGAUUGCCUUCAUGAAAAAGUAUCCGGAAAUCCAUCAGAAAAGAGACUGAACGACUGGGAAGGCAAUGAGAUUGACAAUCCACAGGAAGAUAAGUUCAAACAAGGCAUUGAAGAAGAAAAGCAUCCAGAAAACCCAUUGAAGAUGCCUGUUCCUUAUAAAGUGCUAAAGGCUCUGGACCCUGGGAUCUAUCGAAAUGUGGAGUUUGAUGUUUGGCUGGACAGCAGAAAAGAGCUUCAAAAAACUGACUACAUGGUGUUUGCUGGGAGACAGUACUAUUUAGGAGACAAGUGUCAGGUACGUCUGGAGCCUGGAGGUAAGUAUUACAAUGCUCAUAUCCAGGAAGUCGGACAGGAUGGCAACACCUUGACUGUAUUCGUUGAGGAGCUGGCAGAAAAGCAUGCAGUUCCUUUGGCAAGCUUGAAACCGGUGACACAAGUGGCACCUGUCCUUGCUUGGAAUAUGGUUUCCACCAGAAAAGGAGGAACCUAUCAGAAAAUAGCAGGUGGAUACUUCUCAGGAAUAGAUAUGGAUGUGAAGACACGGAAGAGAAUGUCUAAGAAAAUUCGUGGAAAGGAAGUUUUUAUGACUGUGUCUUACAGCAGGGGUCAUGCAGUUCUUCCACCCCGGCUACAGCAUGGUGUUCCUUUGGGGCACUCUGCUCCACUUCAUUGCUCACAGGGUGGUGGAAAUAUGCCACCUUAUGAACCCUGUCAUCCUCAGAACACUCCUCAGAGACAUAACCGUGGAUUUGGGAUGUCAAGGGGAUCUGCCCGAUUUAUAAACAGGCACAACAUGGUUGGCCCUCAAAUAGCAUUCUACCCCAGUCCAGGAAAGAGAUGCUAUCAGAGCUAUGACAAUUUCUCCUGCAGGUCCUGCUCAUACAGCCGUAGCUGCCGUCAGAUGCAGUGUGUGAAUAAGGAGUGUCAGUAUGGGUUUGUACCAGGGAGUGGAGAUGAACCUCAAGGACCAGAAGAAACUAUAACUUUCUAUGAAAUAGAAGGAGAGGAUGACACUGCUUUUCCUACUUUACCAAGCCAGGGUAGCCCUGCUCCCAUUAUCCAUGGUACAGCAGGAUUCUGGGUAGCAAGGAGAGGCCCAAACUCAGAUGUGCCUAACAAGCAGAUCCUGAAUUCCUGUGAGGAGGAAGAAACAAGUGAAAAUGGGAAAUUCCAUGAAGAAUACAUCUGUUCACCUCCAGGUCCUGACUGUGACACUGCAACAGUAUUUAGUUCAGCAGAGCCUACAGAAAACUUAUCCCUUCAGGAAGAAGGGGCAGUCUCUGUGUCACCUCAAGAUGGAGUGACUUCCUACAGCUGUUCCCAGAAGGUGAUGGUGAAUUCUGCAGCUAUCUCAACCUCUACAGCUGUUUAUGCUGCUCCAGCUACAGGCUUCUCCUCAAAUUCUGCUGCCUCCACUGCAGCCAGUGCCACAACAGCAGUUCCCCCACAAACAGCAGUCCAGCCGGUCAUGGUAUCUCCCCCUUCUAUAGGGAGGCCAGCAGUUUCUUUGGUGCCAUUGCCAAUUUAUUCAGCCCCUCUUCCUCCAGUCAGUGAGGUGGGAGAAGCUGGUGCCGUUCUUCCACCUUACUCUUGUGAUCCCAAUGGCAGUGAUCUGCCUCGAGAUACAAAGGUCUUGCGGUACUAUUUUAAUCUGGGAUUGCAAUACUACCAUCAGAGCUAUUGGCCUCCCAUGAUGUAUGUAGAGCCAGUGCUGCCCCCAUCACCUCUGGAAGUUUAUCCAGCAUAUACAGAGCCAGCUCCUGUCCUAGAUCAGUCAGUACAUCAGCUCUACACUGAUGCUGGGCGAACUGAAAUCCACCAGGUUCCCUUGGAAGCACCUGCAAACGGUAACUUUCAAAACGGAGAGGCUCCAGCCCUGCCCUAUGGGUCAGUGUAUUACCCAGCUGUGUCAGACCCCUUCAGCCAGCGGUCUCUUCCUGGGUUUGAUUCUUUAGUACCUGCCUAUCACUAUGUUAGUACCUGGCAUCCAGCAAAUCCACCCUAUGGAAAUUCUCCACAGAUUGCUAAUGCUGCGAGUUCUGGACCACUGCAGCAAGUCAGCUAUAUUGCCUCACCUAACCCUGCACCUCAUGAUGUGCCUCAAGGAAUGUAA